AAGUCGAUACAGUAAUAGUAAACAAGGACUACGAGCCUAACCUAAAAAGAAAAGGGGUUUUUUGUUCCUGGUGUUGAGAGUUACAUUAAAGUUGUACGUUAUAUAGUAGUGUGGUUACAAAGUAAAUGUGUAAAUAAGGGAAUUGUGUAAACGGAGGUCACCGGCAACGCAGGAAUGGCGGACCCAACGAGUUCCUGCGCGCCCAAUCCGAUGCAGAUGGGUCAAAACCAGCCUGUUGCCGAAGUGAAGUUGUUACUUCCUCCGAAACCUAUUAUGAGCCCGCAUUUGUCUCAGGAUGGAAUAUCAAGUGAUGCACAAAGUGGGAAACAGGAGGCAGCCCAUUUGUUCUGGGUAAAGCCAGUGGAAGGUUGCGGCACACAAGCCUUGCUUACCCAGCCUGCAGUUUCAGCUCAGCAAGCAACUGCCACUGAGCCACAAGUGAAGGAAUCAAACAAAACAAAGACUUCUGGAAAGGAUCAACAACGUGGGGGUAGCAGCAAGAAUGCUGAUGCAGUUAGUUUAGCAUCAUCAAGCUCUGGCCUCUCACGUUCAGGAGAUUCACUUGUGGAUGAAUUUCGCUGCAAAGACUGUGGCAAGAUUUUCACACAACCUCACCACCUCAUUCGUCAUGCUCGUACCCACACAGGUGAACAGCCUUUUAAGUGUGAUAUGUGUGGAAAAACUUUCUCAGAUGAGAGUCACCGGCUGCGUCACUUGCGAUCACACAUUGGUGUUCGCAAACAUCGUUGUGAAGAAUGUGGGAAGGAGUUUUUUGAGCACAAUCAUCUCCUCCGCCAUUACAAACGUCACAGCAAUGAACGUCCUUGGCGUUGCACACAGUGUGAUAAAGCCUUCUGUGAAGAGAGUGGGCUCAAGAAACAUGUUUUAACUCACUCAGCAGAAAGACCAUACAAAUGUGAAUACUGUGGAAGAGGAUUCUUCCAACCAAGUGAACUUCUACGACAUACAAAUUCUCACACAGGAAAUAAGAUGUUUAAGUGUGAGAUGUGUGAUAAGUCAUAUGCCCGUAGAUAUAGUCUUAAUAAACACCUCCGUAGUCACAUCAAAGAUUCACCAACACUUGUUCCAACACAACUACCUGCACACCUUUGCAUCCGUAAGCAUCGAUGUGAGGAGUGUGGUAAAGCAUUCUUCGAGCACAAUCAACUUCUUCGCCACUACAAACGACAUCGUGGUGAACGGCCAUGGCGUUGCACGCAGUGUGACAAAGCAUUCUGCGAGGAAAGCGGUCUUAAGAAGCACAUGUUGACACAUUCAUCGGAGCGCCCAUAUAAAUGUGAGUAUUGCAAUAGAGGCUUCCUUCAGCGAAGCGAAUUGCUCCGGCAUGCGACUUCCCACACGGGAGACAAAGUACAUAAAUGUGAGUUGUGCGAGAAAACCUUUGCGCGCAGACACAGCCUGAAGAAGCACUUCGACUCCCAUCUCGAGAACACGGAUGCUGAGCGCAGCCAGAUCCUCUGGUCAAGCUUCCAUCCGGGCCAGUGACAACGAGUGAGGGUUCCGGCCCUCCCCCAUGAGAAAAAGAGCGACAACAACAGCAAUAGCAGUUCCAGCAGCAGCCACAGCAGCAGCAGCAGCAGCAGCAGUAGUAGCAGCAGCAGUAGCAGUAGCAGCAGCAGCAGCAGCAAUCGUAAGAGAAGCAGUAACAGCAGCAGUAGCUCUUCCCAUUCGAUGUCCAGUGUGCAUGGCAGCCCAGAGGCUGUGGACAGCUGAAAUAAAUUUAAAAAACACAGUGAGCUUUCUCAGCCACCAGCAUAAUUGUGUGAUGAAGAGUACUUUUGUACUUCCUGACCGCAUCAUUUGUUGAGUGUGGUAUGUCUUGAAGUUUCAUUACUUGUGGCAUUUUCUGUUGUGACCACAUUUUUUCUUUCUUAUCUUUUGACUAAGAAAUAUUGAUAUCUUAAAAUGAAUUACCAAGAACUUUUUAUUCUCAUGUUAAAGUAGUAAUAAACAAAUCUUUUUGAUGUACUUGAGAUUGGUAUGGUUGAAUGAUUUUGAAAAGAAUUACAAAAUUCCUACGUUUCUUCUGCCCCGAUAUACAGAGUAUAUUAAGAAACGAAAGAAAUUAUGGAAUAAAUUGGUGGUGAUGGUAAUUUUUUCUUUGUGCUUGUCUUUUAUUGUACAUACUAAGUUGUGGGGCCAUAGUGUAUAGUGACUUUUUUUUAUUUAUUGUACAUACUGCGAAUGGCAACUUGAUAACGAUUCAUUCCAAUAAGAUUCUGUCAAGAGAAUUAAUUUUAAAACAUUUACUUUUGUAUAGUAUGUAAAAGCUUUGCAGUGUUCAUGUAAUUUUAUGUUUCAAAUCUACAAAAGAAAUUCUACUUACAAAUGUUUUUAUUUGAAUAACAUUCUGUUGUGUGCUACGUCAUAAUAAUAUUAUGAUAUGCAUUACUUUCUGCCAGUUUAAAAUAACAAUAACUAGUAAAUUAUAGUUAAUAUUUUUUUUAAUACUUUCGGAUGUGAUUUCCAUUGCUGAAUGUAAAAUAUAACUGCAGAUAUUUCUCUUUUUGUCAUUUGUUAUAUGAAUUAUAAAUUGUAUGUCUCACAUUUCUCUGAAUGUUUAUGAAGUAGCACUUAUUUAAGUACAAUUUAUAAUAAACUUAGUGUUGUCAUAUUUAACAACAUGUAGUAAACCUUUGUGUCAGUUUUGCAAAAUUAUCUUAUUAUUUGAUUUAUGAAGUUUACUUUUCCAUUACAAUAUUUGAAUUGUAUGUGUUUGAGUGGAAUUCAUUGUUCAUUUCAGUCCUAAGCCAUUUUGACAGUAGUAGUAUGUCCCUUACUUUGUUAGGAUGUCUUAGCUUUGAGUGAAUUUGAUUGUUGAGCGUGUUUAUUUGUAAUACUUUUCUAAUAAAAUUAAUAGGUUAUAUAGAAAGAUAAAUAGAAACGUUUUGUGUGAUUCUUAUUGUGUAUGUACAGAUAUUGUUUUUAUCAGUAGUAAAUUUAUUCUAGCCAAUUUAUUGUAAUUCAUGACAUGUUAUUUUUUGUAUGUGAGAGAAAAGUGUAUUGUUGACUGUUGUGUACAAAUUAUUUUAUGCUUUUUGAGUUGAUGCCCAUUCAGAAGUUUGGGGUAUGAAGACUAUUACUCUAUAAUUGAAAAUUUGUUUCUGUAUUUGCUUUUGCAAAUUAUUUUAUUUUGUACAUAGAAAAAGCCUUUACAGAUUUUAUCAGGAAACAGAUUGUUUAAGGCAGGUUUUAAGAGUGCAUUCAUUUUUGAACAUUUGUUCUCUAAUACUAAUGAGAGUGUGACCCACAGUUAGAAUAAUUGUCCUUUUUGAUGGUUAUUAGUUAGCCUACCACUUUAUUUUAAAAAAUCUAGAAGAGAAAUUGAAUGAUUCGUUAUGCUAUUUUGAAAACUAAUGUAAAAUGAUUUUUCUUUAUAAAUAAAUAUACAUUACAGGACCUCCAAAUCUGUGGACCUAAUGGCCUAUUUAGCUAUAUCUCUCUGAGAACUUAUCAAAACUGUCAAUGACUGAUAAUGUACAUUGAAGGAAAAUUUACCAAUUAUUUACUUAGUUGAAACAGUGUUGUAAUGAUAAUGUUGCGUUAUUAUAGAGCAAUAGAAAUAGAUCAUUCAAUAAAACCAUUAUUUUGUAUUUGCAUCCAACCAAUAUGUAUAUUCUAAUUAAUGUGGCAUUCAGUUUUAAGUAAUGAAAUUAUAGCAAGAAUAUUAGUACAGAAAGAGUAGUUGUAUAUUGUACUUUUUUUUUAAAGUGUAGUCUAAUGGUGUCAUACAUACCCAACCUGUCAUCAAUGAUGCAUUACAAUAAAUGAGUUCUGUUCCCUUU